AUGGACUCGAUCUCCGCGCGCGGGGCGUUGGAGCUCGAGACGGACGCGCGAGGCGUCGAACGCGUGAAGCUUCGGGAGUCGGGAUGGAACACGUGGAAUUGGCGAGGGUACGCGUGUAAUUACAUCUCCGCGGGAGAGGAUAACGAUGGACCGAUCGUGACAUUGGUGCACGGGUUCGGGGCGCACAGCUAUCACUGGAGGUACACGAUUCCCGCGCUCGCGCGCGCGGGAUAUCGCGUGUACGCGCUGUGCAUGUUGGGAUACGGUUGGUCGCCCAAGGUGGAGGAGGAGUAUUGCAUGGAGUUCUGGGGCCAACAGGUUGUCGAUUUCACGAAAGAAGUCGCUGGGGCAUCGGAGACGGAUAAGACGAUCAUUGUCGGGAACUCGAUUGGAGCGUUGGCGGCGUUGUUCGCCGCGAGCACGCAGCCGCAGGCGUGCAAGGGAUUGUGUUUGGUGAACUCCGCGGCGCAACGCGCGGUGGGCGACGCGAAAGAAAUCGACGGUAAGUCGGCUGAUUCGUUCGCGGACAAGCUUCGCGAGACGUUCAGUCGCGCCGUGGCGACGGCCAUCUUCUACUCCACCAAAUUCCGCAUCAGGCAGAUUUUGAACCAAGUGUACGAGUUCGACGUCGACGACGACCUCGUCCGCUCGAUCGAUCUCGCGGCGCAAGACCCGGGCGCGAUCAAAACGUUUUAUCAGCUCUCCCUCGCCGGUUCGCGCACCAAAGUCAAAGCCGGCGACCUCUUGGCCGAUUACGACGGCGACUUAAUGCUCCUCUGGGGCGAGAAAGAUCCUUGGAUGACCCCGACCAAGGCAGCGCGCAUUCGCGAGAUCAAGCCCAACGCCGUGUACGCUCCCGUCCUCGGCGGUCACUGCCCGCAUGACGACGCCCCGACCGAAUCCAACGCCGCGUUAUUGCGUUGGGCCGAAACCUUACGCGCGUGA